UAGAACAGAGAAAAAACUCUAAAAAAUCUAUUACAGUCUGGGGGAGAGCGGGCUUCUUUCCCUUUUUAAUUUUUAUUUAUUAUUUCUAAUUUCUUCUCACUAUUUUCAGAGUUUGCCUCUUUCUUGUUUUGGAUUAGGGAUUGAGAGAGAGAGGAAGAGAGAAGGCAGGGGUAGAGAGGGAGACUUUCUCUCUCCUUUUAUUUUUUCAUUUUUGUGAUCGUGAUUCAUUAAACUCCUUCUUUGGGGGUGAUUGCAUUGAUUGGUAUUUGGGGAUUUGGAGAUAUUAGGGUUUGGAGGUGGGGUGCUGUGAAUCGUGGAAACGAAGAGAUGAAUAUGAUGCGUCGCCUUAAGAGCAUUGCCUCGGGUCGGACCUCAAUCUCAUCGGACCCUGGUGCGGAUGGUAGUACAAAGAGAGCAAAGGUUGAUCAAGAUAUGGAGCAAGUAAAUGUUGAAUCAAAUGCCAUUCAGGAAAGUGCUUCUAAUUUACAGCAGCAUGUGCCAUCUACUGCACUGGAAAAUGUUGCGUGCACGUCUACUUUACCUUCAAUUGCUAACUCCGAGUCAAAAGUCGAGGAAAUGGCAGAGAAAACUAGCUAUGAUCAGCUCCCCAAAGAAUUGCACGAAAUGAAAAUUAGAGAUGAGAAAGCUAAUAGCCGUGAUGAAAAGGACAUGGAACCCACUGUUAUAAAUGGUCAUGGAACGGAAACAGGUCAGAUUAUAGCAACAACAGUUGGUGGCCGAAAUGGACUACCGAAACAGACAAUUUCGUAUAUGGCAGAACGUGUUGUUGGAACUGGUUCUUUUGGUGUUGUCUUUCAGGCAAAGUGCUUGGAAACGGGUGAGGCAGUUGCAAUUAAGAAGGUUCUACAAGACAAGAGAUACAAGAAUCGAGAACUUCAAGUUAUGCGCUUGCUUGACCAUCCCAAUGUCAUUCAAUUGAAGCAUUGUUUCUUUUCAACAACUGAUAAAGACGAGCUGUAUCUUAACCUGGUCCUUGAGUUUGUAUCUGAUACUGUCUAUCGAGUUUCAAAGAAUUAUAUUAGGUCAACUCAACAUAUGCCUCUGAUCAAUGUGCGACUUUAUACAUAUCAGAUCUGUCGUGCAUUAAAUUACCUACAUCAUGUUGUUGGUGUGUGUCAUCGUGACAUUAAGCCCCAAAAUUUGCUGGUUAAUUCUCAAACACAUCAGCUUAAGAUAUGUGAUUUUGGGAGUGCAAAAAUGCUGGUGCCAGGUGAACCCAACAUAUCGUAUAUUUGCUCACGGUAUUACAGGGCUCCUGAACUUAUAUUUGGCGCUACCGAGUAUACCACUGCAAUUGAUAUGUGGUCUGUUGGUUGUGUCAUGGCUGAGCUACUUCUAGGACAGCCAUUGUUUCCUGGGGAGAGCGGUGUUGAUCAGUUGGUGGAAAUUAUCAAGAUUCUCGGGACACCAACAAGAGAAGAAAUUCGAUGCAUGAACCCAAAUUACACUGAAUUCAAGUUUCCUCAGAUCAAAGCACACCCAUGGCACAAGAUAUUCCACAAGCGAAUGCCCCCUGAAGCAGUUGACUUGGUGUCACGGCUGCUCCAAUAUUCACCAAAUCUUCGUUGCACCGCUUUGGAAGCAUGUGCGCAUCCCUUCUUCGACGAGUUACGAGACCCAAAUGCGGUGUUACCUAAUGGCCGAGCUCUACCUCCUUUAUUCAAUUUUACAGCUCAAGAAUUGGCUGGUGCAUCAACUGAGUUGCGACAUCGUCUUAUUCCCGAGCAUGCAAGGAAUUAACGUUACGUGAGCAUCGUGUGGUCUUGUCUGUGCAAUGUAAUUGAGAUUUUGAUUGUUUUCUGUUGUUGUCGUACGCAAGCUAUGCUGCCGUGCUCUUUUAAGCCAAGACCCACCACGGUUUGAAUCACUGCGGACAAAUUGGUGUGUUGUAAAGUCGACUCUUGGAAGUGUUUUUGAUCUCUGACAAUUCAUAUGGAGCAAACUGCUGAGGGGACACUAUCACGUUGAUGGAAUGGGUCUGCAUGGCGGGAGGGUCUGCAUGCUUACAGAAAUGUGUUCUCAAACAAACGCUUUGGUUUUGGAAACUAACUUAAAUGUGAUCUGUCUAGAUUGAUUAGGUUCUCAUUUAUACCGUUCUUUCUCAUUUUUCACUGUUAAAAGAGAAAUUCAAGAUUCAACAUACUGACUUUGUGUUCUUCAAUUUUGUUUGUAUAAUAAUUAUUAUUACCAAGUAGAAUUGUAGAGCAAUGGAUGAGCAUGAUACAUCAAUUCACUCUCUAUUAUUUGCUAAUGAGGCUUUGUACAAGAAACCUUGUCUUAUCUAAUACCGCAGAAAGAGCAUCCGUAACUAAA